AUAGAUAGAUAGAUAGAUAGAUAGCCUAUGGAAAAUUCGUGAACUACCCUAAGAAUGCUAAUCGCAUUAAUAGGAGACAAUCGCUACGGUAUUCCGACCCUGCACUCUGUCGGAUUCCGUCAUGCUGUCAGAAUCUGCUAUGCUCGCGUUUUAAGCCAAUGAAAGAGGGCGUAUCCGCCCUGCGAGCCAAUGUCACAGCUGACCAGCUGGCGAAUAACGGAAUAUCACUUCCGGCAGGAUUCGUCAACGUUGGUUAUGUGCCCUUGACUAUACACCCUAGACCCUCCAGCCGAUAUUGGGACCGCAAACUGACGAAGAAGAAGAAGAAGAGGACGAUCGAAGGAGGAAGGAGCCAUUACGGACAACUCGGUUCCUCCUACGCCGUGGAUUUAACUUUCGUGAAAUUUAUUUUCUUUUCCCACUCCCGGCAUGACAAAGCGCCGCUCCACCCCGAGGCUUCACCGAUAUCGCUUCGUGGCAUGCACCGACGCCGUGGGCGGGCGAAGAAGAGGAGGAAGACGACGACGACCGAAGGCGACACGGCGCCGACGUCCGGGAGCCCACGUCGCGCCAACCUCCGCGCGAAGCGGACGACGCGGGCGCGCUCGCCAGGCCACCAUGCGUCGAAGCACCGCCUGGCACACACCGGCGUCGACGCUCGCCCGGAGAAGAACAGUGUCGACGCCUCUGCAGGCCGGGAUUAACAGCGGCCUCGGAGCGUUGUUGAUCCUGCUGUCCUGGGCGCUGGCUCUUCCGGCGACCGGCGAACCGCAGGGCAGCUUCGAACGCCUGAUGGAGGCCGCCGGAAAGUCGUCCCACGGCAGCCGUCGCGACCCCGCUGACCUGGACGACGGAACCUACCGGUAUCCGCGGAGAAGCUUCGACGACCGUUCGGACGACCUGGACGACGAAGGCUUCCGGGACCCUCCGCGCAGCUUCGAGCGCCUGAUGGUCCACGCCGCCGGGGAGUCCUCGUCGCCCAUCAAGCGCACCAAACCUGCCGACUUGGACGGUAGCUACCGGGCGUACUACAUGAACGACUACUGCAACGCGGGCCAGAAGGCGCUGCCCGUGCACCUUCAGCUGCACAGCGACCAGGCGGGCGUCGUGCUCUACUCGCAUCGGCGCAAUUCGACGCCGCGCUCGAGCGUCUGUCAGCUGCCUUUCCAGGUGGAGAACGCCGCCAAGUUCACGCUCUCCUUUCGGUUCUUCGACACCGUGUCCGACUCCUUCAUCUGCUUCAUGUACCUGGAGGCGAGUUUCCCGCGGACUCUGAAAUACAGAAUAGACGCGCGAGCAAUACAUGAAAAGGAACGCCCAAAUUCGUUUUUUUUUCAACAACUACAUAAAGACACUUGCGAUGCAUGA